UUUAAAUCAUUUCAGAAACCUGGUCCUGGUGAACAUCAAUUGCAGUUCAAUUAUUCACUUUGGUUUUCACGUCGAACUCAUGGGAAACAAAAUCAAAGUUACGACCAGAAUCUCAAAUAUAUCACCACAUUUGCCUCAGUUGAACAGUUUUGGUCCCUCUACAGCCAUUUACUCCGACCAACAGAUCUACCAGGACACAGUGACUACCAUAUAUUUAAAGAUGGCAUCCGGCCAAUGUGGGAAGAUUCUGCCAACAAAGAUGGUGGGAAAUGGAUAAUUCGGUUAAAAAAAGGAUUAGCAGCUCGUUGCUGGGAAAACUUGAUAUUAGCCAUGUUAGGAGAGCAAUUUAUGGUUGGUGAAGAAAUUUGUGGUGCUGUGUUAUCUGUGCGAUAUCAGGAAGAUAUUCUGUCCCUUUGGAACCGAACGGCAAAUGACACAAUAACCACUUCACGCAUACGCGACACAUUGAAACGUGUCCUUAACUUACCUCCAAAUACUAUUAUAGAGUAUAAGAUGCACGUUGACAGUAUAAAAGACAACUCCAGUUACAGAAAUACUGAUGUAUUUCUGAAAUGACAUUAUAUGAACUUCUGCUGAGCUUGAAAUGAUGCCAUCCUAGAUAUUGGACAUCUUGUUUCUGUAGCAGAGUGUUAUAGCUCUGCCGUAACAUUUCACUUCUUGCAUUCUUCCAUUCCCAAACAAUUUCUACUUGUUCUCCUUUCCCUCUUUCUCUUUCCUAAUAAAUUAUUUUCAAUUGUGUCCAUUAUAAACAUAUUCUAUUUGUUAAUACUAAUUAAAUAAAUGCAUACAUGUACAAGAACAGUUUGCACCUAUUUUUGAAAUUCCCUGAUUACCUGGAAUUGUUGCUGUUUAGAUGUAAAGGUAGACUUAUUUUUGAUGUAUUUAAAAAGAAAGAAAAAAAUAACAUAUAUACCUACAUCUUAAAGAAUGAGUUGAACAUGGAAGAAAUUAUCUUUUAAACAUUUCUAAGAAAAGGACGGUAAAAAUGCAAAAAAUAAAAUGUUUAAAGCAAUUUUCGAAUGUCUGGACAUGUGUCAAGUGUGAUUCUUCCUGCCAAAAUUGGGUCAGUUUUGAAGAAGAGAACUUCUUAAAAUUAUUUGUACACCAAUUGUUAGUGUUGACACUCUGAGAUCUUACACAGUACGACUGAAUAAUCAAAUUAAAAUAUGGAACUUUCA